AUGGCUUUCAAGUUCGUAGCUUUCGCCGCCCUUUUGGCCGCCGCCAACGCCGGAGUCAUCGCCCCAUUGGCUUACUCCACCCCUUUGGUUGCUAAGGUAGCCGCUCCUUUGGCGUACUCCGCCCCAUUGGUUGCUAAGGUAGCCGCCCCAGUGGUAGCUAAGGUAGCUGAGGAAUACGACCCUCAUCCACAAUACUCUUACGGAUACGAUGUGCAAGAUUCUUUGACCGGAGACAACAAGCAACAGCAAGAAACCCGUGACGGAGAUGUUGUUAAGGGUAGCUACUCUCUUGUAGAUGCUGACGGUUUCAAGAGAACUGUAGAAUACACUGCUGAUCCAAUCCAAGGAUUCAACGCCGUCGUCCACCGUGAGCCUUUGGUAGCUAAAGUAGCCGCCCCAGUCAUCGCCAAAGUAGCUGCCCCAGUACAUUACGCCGCUCCAGCCGCUGCCCCAGUACAUUACGCUGCCGCCCCAGUAGUAGCUAAAGUAGCUGCCCCAGUCGCCUACACUUCUCCAUUGGCUUACGCCGCUCCAGUCGCCAAGAUCGCCGCCCCAUUGGCCUACACCGCCCCAGUUGCUAAAGUUUCUUUCUCCUCCCCAGUAGCCAGCUACUACCACUAA